AUGGGCCCCAACUUCGCGGGGCACCCUGCCAUGGGGCAUCCGGGAGUCGCAGGGCAUCCCAUGGGCGGUCCUGGCAUGCCUCCCAACGCGGGCCAGCAAGGCGCGCCCGCCGGAAUGCCUCACCAGUUCGCUGGCGGCCACAUUGCCGUCUCCGGCCCAGGAGGCCCGGUCAAUCCUGCUUUGAUGGGUGCCAUACCGCCCGGCGCCAGUCCUGGUCCGCACGCGGUCCAUCAGCUAAGUCCUGCGCAGCAACAGCAAAUGUUCCAACAGCAGCAGCACUUGCAACAGCAGUUCAACAUUAACAACCCAAGCGCGCAAAUGGCCGCUAUCCGACAACAACAACUUCUUCAUCAGCAGCAGCGGCAGCAGGCUAUGUUCGCCCAGCAGUUUCAAAACAUGGGUGCCGGUGGUGUUAACGGUAUACCCAUGGGCAUGCAGCUCAGCCCUCAGCAGCUUCAUCAACUCAGGCAACGCAAUGCCGCCGCUGGGUUGGGUCAUGUGGGUCAGCACAAUCCUCAGGCGGCGAUCAUGGCUCAACAGCUAGCUCUUCAACAACAUGCAGCCCAGCAACAAGCGGCCCAGCAAGCGCAACAACAAGCAGCCCAGCAACAGGCCCAGCAACAGGCAGCGCACAAUCAACAAAUGUCGGCCAAUCACAACCAGGCCCAACACAUGGCGAUGAAUGCACAAUCUAUGCCGGGCAUGCCACAGCAGAACCCGAUGGCCGCUGGCGCUCAGACCCAGAUGGGUGCGCAGCAACAGCAGACCCCGCAGCCGCCAGGCCAACCUCAACCUCAGCCGCAGCAGCAGCCAGGUCCUCAGUCACAACCAACUCCACAGCAAACCUCACAAGCCGGUACACCGGCUCCGUCAGGACAGCAGACACCAUCGCAGACACCCGCACCGACACCUGUCCACGCAAACCAGAUCCCGCCGGGCCAAGCCCAACCCCAGCAAGCUCAAGCACCGAACCAAGCUCAGAUGGCCGCUGCUGCUACCCAGCAGCUCAUGGCCAACUCUAUGAUGCAGCAGCAACUGAGAGAAGGGAUGAAGACCCGAUGCCUCUUGAAACUGAUGCAGUUUGGCGAACGCCUAAGCGGCUUCCCUGGAGCGAAGAGCAAAGACGACCUGUCAUAUUGGAAUAGAUUUGUAGCCCAGUUCUUCUCAUCACCCAAUGGCGUCUUCCGGUUUUCAUUACACGUUGGCGAGUCCGAAGAUACACCAGACAAGCAAUACGAAAUUGCCUACCCAGCGAUUGCUCGUUUCUUCCACACCAAUUACAGCAGUGGCGUCAAGAGUAUGCAGCUUAUUCUCGACAGCGGCAGCAGCGAUAGGCCACUGCCAGGAGAUUGCUACUGUAUUGAGAACCCCAGGGCUAGUUUCGUCUACUGGUACGAGACGGGAUCACAUCUCGUGGCCACGGGUACACUGCGCGCUCAGUUUGAUGCCGAACAGAAGAUAGAAUUGUUUGAGUUCCUCACCACAAGACAUGAAGAAUACGUCGCCCGGAAACAUGUAAUCGAAGCUGCAAAGCCUGCACACGAGUGGGUUAAGGAAUGGCGGAGCUUAAAUACAAUGGAUGGCAAACAGUCACCAGAAAUGUCCAAGAAGGGGAAAUCUCGCCAGCUCAAGUCCCCUCAGAAGGAGCCGCCCGGAGUUCUGGUCGAUUUACCAGACUCGGCAGUAAACAGCAAGGGAGUCACAGAGGCUGUGCAUCAGUUCCUCGAGAUUGUAGAAGUUAUGGGCCAGAUGAACCCUUUGUUUGGGUUCUACCACUCCAACCCUGGCCUCAGCCCCUACGCCGCUCUUGAGCAAUACGUAGCAACUCAGAUCAACAGCGCAACGCCAAUAAUGAAUGGACAGGCCAUGGCACAAGGGCCAAGGACACCUAGCUUUGGGCAGUUCCCAAUGGGAGCCAGUCCUGCGGCAGUGCACAUGAACCUGCCUGGAUCGCCUCACAUCGGCAGCCCUGCGCCCGGCCAAGCACCCGGCAUGCAGCUCCAACCAAGCCAGCAGGGGACAAGUUCAAGCGGACCGAGCGCAAACACAUCACCAGCUUCUAACAAGCGCCGCCGACCAUCUACCGUCAAGGUCGAAGAUGAUUCCGCCACACCGGGUUCCGGUCAGGUUAACGGGAUACAGGGGAGGGGCAAGCCUCAAACCCCCCGAAUGGCCAAACGCAUGAAAGGCAGCGCGACUUGA